GGUUGAGUCUGAAGAUCAGUUUGAUUGAAUGUACUGCCCGAGAUGAUCGAUAUUACUGUCUGGAGUUCGAAUAGUUAGCAAAAGUGUUUUAAUGCAUGUAAGGUGACAAAGAUCAAAAUGACCCGCCUUCUACGCAAUAACAUGAAAACGAAACUUAAAGAAACACUGCAAUCAAAGCUUGUAUUGUCGUUGAAUGUCAUCAAGCAGAGCUCAACAUGGGAACGGAUCAAUUUCAAUCUCAGAAGAAAAUUAAUUGUGCAUUUUGCGAUAAAUCAGAAGAAAACAAAAUCACAGGGACUCUCUCCUCCAAAGGCAACAUCGCUGCACAUCAAAACUGUUUGUUGUAUGCAUCAGCGAUCUACUGCAAGCUCUCGCCCACCUAUGACGACCUGUUUGGAUUUGAUGUAGAAGAUGUAAAGAAAGAGCUGAGGAGAGGAAAAAGACUACUUUGCCACUACUGUAAAAAAAACGGUGCUACAGCGGGAUGUGAGGUCAAACAUUGUAAGCGCUCGUACCAUUAUCCCUGCGCCAUAGAGGAUCGUGCCACAAUCAAUGAAGACCAUUUUAUAUUGUUCUGUGAAUUACAUGAUCCAAAAUCCAAAAAAGAAAGUUCGCCAGACGGUCGAAGGCCUAACAUGAAAAGGAGACAUUCUGAUUCAUCUACAGGGUUAUCAGAAGUGAGUUCCUCCAAAAAGAAGAAGACAGCGUCAGUUAUUUUGUUAGAUUCUGAUGAUGACGACACUGAAUCUAUGUAUGCUCCAGUACAGUCAGACACAGAGGACUUUACACCUCCUAAUCAGAACAAUUCAUCAACUCCUGAUCCUGAAAAUAAAAGGCCCGGUGCAAAGCCCAGUCCAUCAACCACAGGUUCAUUAAACUUAACGUCUGCUCAGAAGGCCUGUGGAUCAGCAGACAAUCCAGGAGAAUUGCAUGGCAGGAGUAAAGGUUAUCCAUAUAUGUACAGAGCAUCUACAUUUCAAUCGCUAGGAGUGGGAACGCCCAGAAGGGGAAAAAAUAAAUGCAUUCUAGACUCAGAUGAUGAAAGCCCAACCAGCUCUGGCCGCGUAGCAGCUCCAGGGGUGUUAGAUCUGGAGGACUCUAUGCUUCAAAAACAGCCCAAGCAGUCCACUCCUUUGCCUAAAAAAACAAGGCCGUGUGAAAAACUCAAUCCAUCAACCACAGAAGCUGACGAUGACACCGACAUUGAUUCAUCUCAGGAAGAGUCUCUGAGUUUGUUACCAUCAAAAACAUACCAAAUCACUAUUCCCUGUAGCGUUAUUUUGGACUCUGGAUCCUUUGCAGAAUCAGAGCAAAGUCUAGAACCUUCUUCACCUGCCGGUGCAGCCACAACAGCUGUGUCUACCUCACCUGGGUCUGUAACUGCCUGUGAACAUAAGCAAACACCAUCCACACACAGAACUUCUCCACCACCCAGAGCUCCAACCACUGACCCUAUCUCACCAGCAGUCCCUCCGACAGGGGUUUCUUCAUCACCAAGUCGUCUCGCUGCAGCAGAUGCUUCUGGUGUGGGUGCCACAGUGAAAUCUGAGUCGAGUGCCACCAUAUUUUGGACCAGAUGUAAUGAGGCCGGGUGGACUAAAGCAAUCUUCUCAGAACUGGUGUCUCAGCUGAGCAGCCUAGGAGAAAGAGUGCAGUCACAGGAAGCCAGCCACCAAGACUAUGAUGUUGCUCUCAAAGUAUUGGGGGCAACUGGAUGGCUGCCUUACAUUAUUACUCAGCUGGAACAAGACCUGGAGAAAGAGGAACGGGAGUUGCAAAGGAAAAAAGCAGCACUGAGGGAUGCCAAAGCUGUACUAGAUGUUUAAUAUAAACAAUCUAACAGAAUUUUAUUUUUUUAUUUUUUAGCAAUGAAUUUUUACAAUGCUUAUUUUUUAAGUCUCAAUAUUUCUUCA